AUGGGUGACAAAAUCGACCCCCAAAACAGUGCCACCACCGAUCCGAAACAACAACCUCUUCAUCCUGUUUACACUGUCACCAACAUACAACAUAAGGUGCGUGUUCUUGACGGCGUUAAGGUCUCGUAUUCUUCGUGGGUAAAACUCUUUUUGCUUCAUGCGAAAGGGUAUGACGUGCUUUGUCAUGUCGAUGGUUCACCGGCCCCGGAUAAAGACACUCCAGAAUUUCUCGCAUGGGAGAAGAUUGAUGCGGUUGUUCUCCAGUGGAUAUAUGGGACACUCUCUGAUGAAUUGCUUGCAAGGGUUUUGAAUGAUGCAUCUACAACCCAUGAGGCAAGGCAACGGGUUAAAAGAUUGUUUGUUAACAACAAAGGGUCUCGGGCUCAAGCACUUCAACAUGAGCCCACUAAUCUGACCUUGGCUUCCAUGCCCAAUCUUGAAUCCUACUGCCAAAAGAUCCGUGAUCUGUCGGAUCAACUUGCUGCGGUGGAUUACCCCAUGAAUGACAGCCAACGAGUUCUCCAUCUCGUUCAUGGUCUUCCCAAAGAAUACGACACUAUUGCAUCGAUUUUGAACCAAUCUCUCCUAACAUGGGAAGACGCUAUUGACCAACUACAAUCUGAAGCACGGCGUAUCGCUACCAGAGAAGCCGUUACACCCACCCCCAUGGUCGCUGCCGCCAUCACCAACACCACUCCACCAUCCCGUGACCAUCCACCGCCUCCUGUUACUACUCAGGACUACCCGAAUCAGCGCCCUUCUCAACGGCGUAACAAUAACAACCGGUCGGGUCGGCCCAACAGUAAUAACCAGCGUGGCCCAACAUCAUCGCAUAACAGACCAGCAGCACAUCAGGCCCAGUUCUAUCCACCAAUGGCCCAACAACAGUUUUACCCUCCUUAUUGGGCCCCACCGUAUUAG